GAAUAGUUACUGUCUAGCAGAAACAUUGUUUACAUUUGGUUGUGUAACACCAAACUGAUAGAUUGAGCACGUGUUGCAGCUAUUCUUGUCAAAACUCAAAGAUAAACCAAGGAGUUUUUUACUAAACACUUUUACUGUCAUGUUCUUUCAAAUACUUGGAGUAUUAAAUGUUAAGUAGAGCUUUUAGCUAAUACACAAUAUUUAAACCUUCAAAUGAUGCAAACUUCUUUUUUAUGCCACGAAUGCAAAAGUCCAAUCUUAGAUAGCUUCUUGUUAAAUAUUGGUGGCAAUGAAUACUGGCAUGAAUGUUGCCUAAAAUGCCACGAAUGUUGUGAAAAACUUUUCCGAGUAUGUUACAAAAAAGAUGGUGGUGUAUACUGCAAGUACGAUUAUAAACGCUUAUUUGGUAUAAAAUGUGUGGCGUGUAACAACAUCAUUACACCCAAUUCAAUUGCCAUGAAAGUGCUUGAUACGAACUUGUUUCACAUAGAUUGUUUCAAGUGUCAAAAUUGUGGGAAAAUGUUAGAAAAAGGCGAAGAGUAUGCUUUUAAAAAUCAAAAACUUUUAUGUAAAGCUGAUUUUAAUACGGAGCAUAUUUGUGAUAAUGACGAAACAAAACAUGAUGGUGACGACAUGAAACAUGAUGGUGACGACAUAAAACAUGAUGCUGACGUAUUUAGUAGCAGCGAUGAUUCAGAUAGCAUGUCAACUACAAGCCCAUCUAGUUACGAGAAAAACAGUGGUUAUAAAAGACCGAGAACAAUUUUAACUACACAGCAAAGACAAAACUUUAAAACAGCUUUUGAGCAAGCUCCAAAACCUUGCCGUAAGAUACGUGAAAAACUAUCCAAAGAAACCGGUCUAAGUGUUCGUGUUGUUCAAGUUUGGUUUCAAAAUCAAAGAGCAAAGCUCAAAAAACUUCAUCGUAAAGAGGAAAACGAAAAAAAAUUAGACAUUUAUAAAUGUAAUAGAGGAAAACUAAACUCAAAAAAAAGCAAAUCGCCAUCACCAAAGAAAUUUUCUUCAAAUGAAUUCAAUAAAAUAACCAGUUCAGUUGAUGCAAACGACCAACCAAGCUCUCCGUAUUUGCAAUCUCGGGAAAUUAAAAACAAUAAAAAAACAUUACAACCAUUUCUUUAUCAAAAAUCACCUAUAUUUACAGUACCUGAUUGUGAUACAGUUCGGCAUCAAUCAAAAAGUUGUGAAACAACUAUGCAUCAACCAAAAAAUGCAACAAAUUUCAAAUAUACGUAUGAACAUAGUGUUAAGUCUACCGCAUAUACCCCUGUACAUAAUAACACGGUUAUAACAUAUACCACUGGACAAAUUUCUAAUAUUGGUAACAACUUUGAUGAAAAUAUAAUGACCAACAAUAAUGUUUCAGUGACAAGAAAUUAUGAUACUUAUCCUAUAAACAAUGCUUCAUCGAUGAAUCAAUUAUAUUCGAAACACGUUAAUUAUCCUUUAGUCAAUCAAUGUCAUUUAAUGCCGCAUCUAAUCAACACAUACCUCAAUAAUAAUAAAAAUAGUAAUAAAGCUAAUAAUAACAGUUACUAUGCCAACAACAAUAACAAAAUUUUCAAGAAUCUUUUGAUUUAUUUAAUUAAAUCAGUUGGGUAUCCUGUUAAGAUGCUUAACUCUUCAAAUUUGAAUCUAUGUGACGCAUGUCACGAAAUCAUAUAUGAUCGUUACAUUUCAAUUGUUGGAAAUAGAAAAUUACACGAAGAAUGUUUACAAUGCUCUAGUUGUUCUGUUUCAGUGUCUUUGUCCGGACGUUGUUAUGAAAAAAAUGAACAAAUAUUUUGCGAGGAAUGCUAUCAUCUAAAUUUUUCAUUGGUCCAAUGUAAAGGUUGUUCUCAAAGUAUUAUGAAAUCCGAGUACGUCAUGAAAACUCAAGAAAACUUCUAUCAUGUUUAUUGCUUUCGAUGUAAUUUAUGUAAUUCUAUGUUGCAAAGUGGAGAACGUUACGGUGUCAAAGGCGAUAAGUUGUUUUGCGAAGCACAUUACUACGGAAACAACGCUAUUGGUAUGCAACAGAAUAAUUCAAACCAAGAUUACUUUAUUGGAAGAAGCUUCGAAGAAAGUUCAGUAAUUUUGGCAGAUGUCUAUUCCAAAACUUCCUUUCAACAAUUAGCUUCACCAAGUGAACUCGAAAUGCGCAAAAAAAAAUUUCAAAACCGACUCAUGAAAGAAAAAAGAUACAGAACAACAUUCACUCAAGAACAAGUAGAGUUGAUGCAAAAAGCUUUUGAAAUUGAAAGAAAUCCAGACUCCGCAUCAUUGCAACAAUUAUCUAAAGAAAUAAACUUAUCCAAAAGAGUUUUACAAGUGUGGUUUCAAAAUGCAAGAGCCAAACAUAAAAAGCUUCAUAAUGAAAAGCCUACAACUUUUGAAAAACCAGAAUGUUACGAAAACUAUUCUGAACUACCUACAGUAGAACACAGCACAUUGCAAAUAAACUACUGUGACCAUGGCGAUUGUGACCAUUCUAAGGUUAUUAAUGAUAAUUAGUGAAAUUGUAUAAAAAGCAGAGAAGUUGACCAUUACAACUUAAAAAUAAAACACUUCCAUUUGAUGUAA